AUGACUUCUUCACGGUCAAGUCAUGCACCCAGGCUGGAUGCCAAUGCCAGCACACCUCAAGAUUUAUCAAAAAAUUAUGUUGAUCAACAAACAUAUAACAAAAAUGCCACCAGUCCUUUGUUUGUUCCUGGGGAUGACGGGAUAGAUCAUACCGAAACGAACAACAGCGACCUUGAUUCAGCAGAAAAGGCGCCUGGGAAUAUUCUUCCAAGGGAUAGACAACUGAAGACUCCCACUUACGAUUAUGCCUUUGAAAAGUCAAUGAGCCACGCCGAAGCGAAACUCUUUUACCAGCAUCACCAGAUAGCAUCUCGGAACGUUGAUGGCGAAUGUCCCAACGAAAUAUCAGCUAUAUCAAGUUCAGUAGGCGACACCGAUCCUAAAGACAUGGCAGGGUCACCUCCAGCGAUUGGACUUGGCGCUUUGCCGACCACUCAGCGAAAUCUAAGUUCCCCGAAUGGAAAUCGUAUCUUUGACCUUCCUGCUUCCCAACAAGCCCCCGAACCACAUGGUGCGCAUCUUAUAGUCCGACAAGACGAUGAAAGCACCUUGCCGUGUCCGGACAACAUGGGGAAUGUCAGCGACUCUUUGGGAACUGCGCAGGGCUUGAUGAACAUCUCAGCCGAUAGCAGCGCAGUUACCUCUGAGUUAAAUGUUAUCUGUCGCAAAAUAAGGGGGCUACUCGAUAGGCGGUCAAAGUAUAUGCAGCUAUCAUUACAGGGACCUGAGGAUAACCCCAAAGACCAUCCAGGAUGGGAAGUCUAUCCCCCUCCGCCGGAACCAGCUUGGGACAAUGAGAAAGACAUUGGGAAGAGUGCCGAUAGCUCCCGCGUUGACCAGAAAAAGCGAAAGAUGGGCCAGGAUAUUGGGGAGGAUUUUGACAUGGCCCAAUGUUUGCCACUGCCUCAAGAGUCCUCCUGGGUAUAUAGGCUUGAUGAGAAUAGUGUGUACCAAGUUUAUGAGAGCGAUGCAGCGGCUGAUUCCCGGCGGCCUGUCGUCAAUAUUCCUUCCUUGCGGGACUUCUAUAUGGACCUUGAUGCAGUCACGGACGUAUCAACAGACGGGCCCGCGAAAAGCUUCGCGUUCAAGCGACUGUCCUAUUUGGAAGGAAAGUUCCAGCUCUAUGCGCUCUUAAAUGAAUACCAGGAGAUUGCAGACUGCAAGAAAGUCCCUCAUAGGGAUUUUUACAAUGUUCGAAAAGUGGAUACGCAUGUUCAUCACUCUGCGUGUAUGAAUCAAAAGCACCUUCUCCGUUUCAUCAAGAGCAAGAUGAAAAAAUCUCCAGAUGAAGUAGUAUUGUUCCGCGACGGCAAACAUCUGACGCUGAAAGAAGUUUUUGAGAGCAUCAGUUUAACCGCUUAUGACUUGAGUAUUGAUACACUUGACAUGCAUGCUCAUACCGAUUCUUUUCACCGAUUCGACAAGUUUAAUCUCAAGUAUAACCCUGUGGGUGAAUCUCGACUGCGCGAGAUAUUUCUGAAGACGGACAACUUCAUCAAAGGACGCUAUCUAGCCGAGAUCACAAAGGAGGUAAUUUCCGAUCUGGAAUCCAGCAAAUACCAAAUGGUAGAAUGGCGUAUUUCCAUUUACGGAAGGUCAAUCCAAGAAUGGGACAAACUUGCAGCCUGGGUCGUUGACAACAAACUCUUUUCUCCCAAUGUCCGCUGGCUGAUCCAGGUACCUCGACUGUAUGACGUUUAUAAGUCGAGCGGCAUGAUGGAGAAUUUCGAGCAGGUCAUCACCAACGUCUUUCAACCAUUAUUCGAAGUGACAAGGAAUCCCGAUAGCCACCCCAAGCUCCACAUCUUCCUGCAGCGUGUGGUUGGGUUUGACAGUGUCGACGACGAGAGCAAAGCGGAGCGGCGACUGUACAGGAAGUAUCCAAUUCCCAGGGAGUGGAACACGAAGCAAAAUCCACCUUACAGCUAUUGGAUCUAUUUCAUGUUCGCCAAUAUUGCAUCUCUCAAUACUUGGCGCAAGCGGCGUGGCUUCAAUACUUUUGUCUUGAGGCCACACUGUGGCGAGGCUGGAGAUCCCGAUCAUCUUGCAGUGGGUUACCUAUGCUGCCACAGCAUCAGUCAUGGAAUUCUCCUGAGAAAGGUUCCUCUACUGCAAUAUCUUUACUAUCUUGACCAAAUAGGCAUCGCUAUGUCGCCUCUCAGCAACAAUGCCCUGUUUCUAACAUAUGACAAAAAUCCAUGUGCUAAUUUCUUCAAGAGAGGUCUUAAUGUUUCUUUAUCUACUGAUGACCCCUUGCAGUUUGCUUUCACCAAAGAACCCUUAAUUGAGGAAUACUCAGUUGCUGCACAGAUCUACAAGUUUAGUGCAGUAGAUAUGUGUGAGCUUGCUAAGCAUUCAGUCGAACAAAGUGGCUUUGAGCUAUCUUUGAAGAGGAGAUGGCUAGGUAACGACUGCUGCCUACGGGGAGUUCCAGGAAACAAUGUUGCCAAAAGCAACGUCCCUGACAUUCGUGAACAGUUUAGGCAUGAAACAUUGAUUGGAGAAUUGACCCUAAAUAUUUGUAUUGACUGUGUGAUGUUCAGAAUUGACCGUUAUGCGCAUACUGGAGAUGAUGCAACAAUUCGAUUGAAAGGUCUCGCUGCAGUCAAUCACCCGGGGCCUUUACCUUCGGUGCAACCAAAUGCCGGCGUGAGAAGUGAUUCCAAUUCAGGCCCGUUGAUAUGCGCCGAAGAAUUGUCGAAAUCUGAGCAAAAAGCCAAGGUUGAAGUUUGCAACUUGGCCACUCAACCUGGGAGUCAAAAUACCAUGAAGGGCGCGUGCAUUGAAGGGCCCACAUUGCAAGAUCUUGAAGCGAAUGCCGUGACUACGCCUGGGGAAUUUGCCACGUCCUUUGGCAGUACAAGUACUGCUGGCAUAACUGCGCAUAGUGCGGACUGUGUGCCAGAACAAAAAAUCUUCCCAGGUAUUGUGCAUGAAAGGGCUCACCGACAUAACAUGCCAAUUGAAGGACUAGCUGAGGAUGACAAGGAGGAAGGUUCUGGUGAUAGCGAGGCUACCAGUAGUUUCACGGUAUAG